AUGUUCUCACGCGGUGUAAGAAACUUGCGGCAAUUCGCCACCCAAGCCAAACGUAUUGGUGAUCAGAAGGUGGAUAUGUCCUUGAUCGAAGCAGGUCAAGGCAAGUACAUUAAUUACCAACGCAUCGAAGACAACCUCAACGUUGUUCGUUCUCGCCUCAAUCGUCCUCUCACUCUCUCCGAGAAGAUCGUCUACGGCCACUUGGACAACCCAGAAGAACAAGAUAUCGAAAGAGGAAAGUCUUACCUGAAGCUUCGUCCGGAUCGCGUUGCUUGCCAAGAUGCUACUGCUCAAAUGGCUCUCCUUCAAUUCAUGUCUGCUGGUCUCCCAACCACAGCUGUACCAACUACCGUCCACUGUGAUCACUUGAUCGAGGCUCAAGUUGGCGGUGUUGCCGACUUGGCCCGUGCCAACGACCUCAACAAAGAAGUUUUCGACUUCUUGUCAACCGCUACUCAGAAGUACGGUAUUGGCUUCUGGAAGCCUGGUUCUGGUAUCAUUCACCAAAUCGUUCUUGAAAACUACGCCACUCCUGGUUUACUCAUGAUUGGUACUGACUCCCACACUCCAAACGCCGGUGGUCUCGGUAUGGUUGCCGUGGGUGUUGGUGGUGCUGACGCUGUUGACGUCAUGGCAAACCUCCCAUGGGAAUUAAAGUGUCCAAAGGUUAUCGGUGUUAAGCUUGAAGGUAAAAUGAGUGGUUGGACUACUCCAAAAGAUAUCAUUCUCAAGGUCGCUGGUAUUCUCACCGUUAAAGGUGGUACCGGUGCUAUCAUCGAAUACUUUGGUCCAGGUGUUGACUCGUUAUCUUGCACUGGUAUGGCAACCAUCUGUAACAUGGGUGCUGAAAUUGGUGCUACCACCUCUCUCUUCCAAUUCAACGAUCGUAUGACUUCAUACUUGACUGCAACUGGUCGUAAAGCUCAAGCUGACUACGCUAAACAAUUCGCUCCAAACCUCGUACGUGACCAAGACGCUGAAUACGAUCAAACUAUCACCAUCGACCUUAACGAGCUUGAACCACACAUCAAUGGUCCAUACACUCCUGAUCUUGCAACUCCACUCUCUCAAUUUGCUGGUGAAGUUAAGAAGAACAACUGGCCACAAGAACUCAAAGUUGCCUUGAUCGGUUCAUGUACUAACUCUUCAUACGAGGACAUGACUCGUUCAGCUUCUAUCGCCAAGGAGGCACACGACGCUGGUUUGUCUGCCAAAUCUAGAUUCACAAUCACUCCUGGUUCUGAGCAAAUUCGUGCAACCAUCUCUAGAGACGGUGUUAUUGAGAACUUUGAAGAAGUUGGUGGUAUCGUUCUUGCCAACGCAUGUGGUCCAUGUAUCGGUCAAUGGGAUCGUCAAGAUGUUAAGAAGGGUGAAGCAAACUCUAUCAUCACUUCUUACAACCGUAACUUUACUGGUCGUAACGAUGCCAACCCAGGUACCCACGCCUUUGUUGCUUCCCCAGACCUUGUCACUGCCAUGGCCUUCGCUGGUGAUCUCACCUUCAACCCAAUGAAGGACACCCUCAAGACUGAAGAUGGCAAGGACUUUAGAUUCUCCGACCCAGCUGGUUAUGAACUUCCACCAAAAGGCUAUACCGCUGGUGAGAAUACCUUCCAACCACCAUCAGAGCACCCAGAACAAGUUUCGGUCGCUGUUGAUCCAAACUCACAACGUUUGCAACUUCUUGAGCCAUUCGACAAGUGGAAUGGUGAAGACCCACAAGAUCUCCCAGUUCUUAUCAAAACUCGUGGUAAGUGUACCACUGAUCACAUCUCAGCUGCUGGUCCAUGGUUGAAAUACAGAGGUCACUUGCAAAACAUCUCACAAAACUGUCUGAUUGGUGCAAUUAACGACGCCAAUGGCAAGGCUAACUCUGUAGAGAACCUUGAGACUGGUGAGUGGGGCCCAGUUCCAACUGUUGGAGCUUGGUACCGUGACCACGGCAUAAAGUGGGUUGUUGUUGGUGAUAACAACUACGGUGAAGGAUCAUCUAGAGAACAUGCCGCACUUGAGCCUCGCUACUUGGGUGGUACAGCUGUCAUUACCAAGUCUUUUGCUCGUAUUCACGAAGCCAACCUCAAAAAGCAAGGUAUGCUUGCUCUCAACUUUAAGAACGAGGCAGACUACGAUAAGGUGCAACCAAACGACAAGAUCUCUUUGAAGGGUGUUAAGGACAACUUCCACCCAGGAUCUGAGCUCACCAUGGUAUGCAAGCACAAGGAUGGCUCUGUUGAUGAGUUCCCAUUAACACACACAUACAACCAAGAGCAGAUCCAAUGGUUCAUCAACGGCUCAGCUCUUAACUUGAUGAAGGCUCAAGCUGAGGGUAAGGCUUAA